AUGGUGAUAUAUAAAGUAGAAGUGACUACAGGAAACAUCAUGCAUGCCACCACAAUGAACAACGUCUUCAUAAAGCUGGUCGGCACUGAGGGAGAGAGCGAUCGCACUAUGCUCAGAAACUUCAGGGGAGGCUUCUAUCAGGGCUCGGUACGUGAAUUCAACGUGAGCUGCCCCACCUCUCUGGGCUCCCUCGUGCUAAUUCAUCUGGACAAGCAGCCACUCCUACUAUUCCCACAAGAUGAUUGGUUCUGCGCCAAGGUUGUUGUGACAACACCGGAGGGAGAAACGGCCCACUUCCCGUGGUACUGCUGGCUGUCGGACAGAGAGGUGGUGGCCGUCAGGGAGGGCACAGGUAAGAAGGUGUAUGAUGAAGUGCACCCCCUGGCCGUGCACCACCGGAAGAAGGAGCUGCAGCUUCGGAAACAGGAGUACAGAUGGAAGACUUACCUGGAGGGUAUCCCACACUGCAUGGAGGCGGACAGUCCUCAGUGUCUGCCUGCUGAGGUCUGCUUCUCCUUCACCAAGAAUGCCGAGUUCCUCAUGACUGGCGCGUGUGGACUGGCAGAGCUGAAACUCAAGGGCCUAUCUGACUGCAAGGAGUCCUGGAGCAACCUGGAGGACAUAGAUCGUGUCUUUUCCAACAAAAGGACUGAUAUAUCAGAGUAUGUGCAGGAUCACUGGAAGGAGGAUGAUUUUUUCGGAUACCAGCUCCUGAAUGGUGCCAACCCCAUGAUGAUCCGCCGCUGCUCCAAGCUGCCACAAAACUUCCCUGUCACCGAUGACAUGGUGCAGCCAUUCCUGGAGAGAGGGAGCAGCCUGGCAACAGAAAUGCAGAAAGGUAACAUCUUCCUGUGUGACUAUAAGAUCUUGGAGGGUGUACCCACUAAUGUCGUCAAUGGCAAACAACAGUACCAGGCAGUUCCACUCUGUCUGCUGUACAAGAACUUUGAGGACAAAAUGCUGCCCAUCGCCAUCCAGCUGAAGCAGCAGCCUGGAAAGCAGAACCCCAUCUUCCUGCCCAGCGACUCAGAGCACGACUGGCUGCUUGCCAAGAUCUUUGUGCGGAACGCCGAGUUCAGUGAGCACCAGCUCAACUCCCACCUGCUCCGAACACACAUACUGGCUGAGGUCUUUACCAUGGCAACACUGCGUAACCUACCCAUGGUGCAUCCUCUGUACAAGUUGCUGAUCCCUCACACCCGCUACACCCUGCAGAUUAACAGCAUGGCUCGGCUCUCUCUCAUUGGGGAAUCUGGGUUAAUUACUCAGUUUUCUGCCACUGGAGGAGAAGCUGUAGAAAUGAUCCUGAAGAGGGCCACCUCUUCACUUACCUACAGCUCCCUCUGUCUGCCGGAUGACAUCGCUGCACGUGGCCUGGAGUCAGUGCCCAACUUCUAUUACAGAGAUGAUGGGAUCACGCUGUGGGACAUCAUCAACAGGUUUGUCCAGGGGAUUUUGAGGUACUAUUACCACAGUGAUGCUGAGGUGCAGCAGGACUCAGAGCUGCAGAGCUGGAUCGGGGAAAUCUUCACUCACGGCUUCCUGGAGCAGAGCAGCUCAGGCAUCCCUCACCAUUUCAGUACAGUGGAGGAGGUCAUCAAAUUCAUCACCAUGGUGAUCUUCACAGUGUCAGCCCAGCACUCUGCUGUCAACAGUGGACAGUAUGACUUUGGUGGCUGGAUGCCAAACAACCCCUUCUCCCUGCAACAGCCUCCUCCCACCACUAAGGGGAGCUCUGAUGAGAGUACCAUCCUGCAGACGCUGCCUGAUGUCAACAUCACAGUCCAGGGCAUGUCCACUUCCUGGUUGCUCAGCAGGAGGUCCACAGACUAUGUCGCUCUCGGAGUUUACCCAGAGGAGCGCUUCAGUGAGGCUGUCCCCUGCGGACUGAUCCAGAAAUACCAAGCAGAGCUGAAAGAUCUGAGUGAGAGCAUCAAGAUGAGGAACAAACAGCUGAAGCUGCCGUACCCUUACCUGUGCCCUGAGGACGUGGAGAACAGUGUGGCCAUCUGA